AUGGCAUUCGCUAAAGGUCUUUGCGCCUGUCUUCUCCGUUGUUCAUCUCAUAUUACCGAAGAGGACCGAAAAGAUUAUAAGGAGCAAUGGGCAGACGAGCUGCAGGAGCUAGUCGCCCUAGACAUCGCACCCGUGCGCGUCUCCCUAAAAGACUUUCCACGGCUCAAGAAUCUCAGUAUUGGAGCCCAUACGCUAUGCUAUUUAGCUCGAAAUACAGGAGAUGGAAAGAAGCAGCUUGACUUGAAGUCUUUCAAUCUUGUUGAUCAUAUCCCGUCUACUCUUAGGUCUCUCCAGGUUUACGGGCACGGACAGUCCGCAGAUAACCCCUAUCUGGAUUACGAAUCUGAUCUAGAUAUCAAUGCCCAAAUUGAGCAAUUGGCGCGUGAGCAAGGUGUCAAACUGCGAGGACUGAUGAUUUUUGGAGGCGUUGAUCCUUGUAUUUCAAAUGGCAGGACUGUGGAUGAAAGGUCGGAUGACAACAGGUUUGAUGAGGUUGAUGAUGACGUUGGAUAA